ACACAUCCUUACCCAUCAUGCAGGGCCGCAUUUGUAAUUUGCGCUUUUGUUUGACGUUUUGUUUUUAAACACAAACAAUUUUUACUACCGGUGAAAACGGGAGCAUCUGUAUUUAUUACAACUCGAUUAUUUGUAAAGUUGAGAAACUAUGUUGUUCUACUCGUUCUUCAAAUCGUUGGUAGGAAAAGACGUGGUGGUUGAACUAAAAAAUGAUUUAAGCAUAUGUGGUACGCUUCAUUCGGUAGACCAAUAUCUAAAUAUCAAGCUUACCGAUAUUAGCGUUACUGAUCCGGAAAAGUAUCCGCACAUGUUAUCCGUGAAGAACUGUUUCAUACGUGGUUCGGUUGUUCGGUAUGUCCAACUUCCAGGUGACGAAGUUGAUACGCAGCUUUUGCAAGAUGCUGCACGAAAGGAAGCAGUAACUAGCGUCAGAUAAGGCGUAUUAAAGUUUUUACAAAUCUAUAAAUAUAAUCGUAUUGUGUUUGUAAGUUAAA